UCAGCAGAGAGGGAGGAGAGAAAGACACGUCUAUAAACUCAUCUCUCUUUCCCAUGUCUCCCUAUUUCACAACCAUCCUGGGGAGGGAAGAGCAAAGCUAACUGGUGGCCAUGAUUCAGCCAGCACUUCUACUCCUGCUACUGGCAGCCAUGUCCUCACCAGAGUUUGGGACUGAGAUAUCAGUACUAGAGGGAACCUCUGUUACCCUUGUCUGCACAUUCCUUGGGGAUAUAAAGCUUGAGACAUGCUGGGACAGGACUUGUGGAAGUUUUCAGUGUACUGAUCCCAGAAUGGAAGAUCAGUCCAAAUAUAAAAUUAACGCUCAAGUUGGAACAGCGAAUCUCACCAUUUUAAAGCUACAGCCAACAGACCGUGGGAGCUAUUGCUGCAGAGUGAAUGAUCUUAAACAAUUCUACAGCCUGAGGGUAGUCAAAGGUUGUGUGAGGGACCUACUGGACGAAGUCAGUUUUCUGGGGAACAAUAUUGCGAAUCAGCCAUUUACAACCGAAAAUGCAAGUCAGUGCAGGCAGGAAUGCACCAAAAAUGACACGUGCCAGUACUUCACAUUUGUUGAUGAAAAUGCAGGAAUAGAAGUCCACAGAAACAAAUGUUUCCUGAAGGCCUCAACUGGUGAUACGCCCGAAAUUACAAUACAGCACCUCCAACAUGCAACCUCAGGCUACUCUCUGAGAAACUGCAGUGGUAAAGUCACCUACUCAGCCCAAAAGUACAGCCUUGUCCCUGAGAAGAAAAACUGGACCGAAGCACAAGAAUACUGCACAAAACACUACACAAACCUGGCCAUCAUACGCACAGAAGAGGAUUGGAAGGCAAUUCAAGCCUCUUUGGGUAAUUUUAGUGGUGAUGUGUGGAUUGGGCUCCAUAGGUCUGGUCCAACUGAAAAGUGGAAGUGGUCUGAUGGAGAGGACUUCAUGUUCUUUAACUGGGAAAAAGGUUUUGGUGUCCACACUGAGGGUCAUGACUGUGUCUAUUCCCUUUCAUCUCAUUGGCAACCUGUGGAAUGUACAGCUCAAAGACAGUAUAUGUGUCAACGAGUUCAUCAUGGUAAUGGAACAACAGAGAAGAUGUAUGAGCUGAUGCCUGGGCCAAAGACUCAGCAGGAUGCUGAGACAGACUGCAGGACAAUAAAAGGCAGAGAACUGGCGAGUAUCUGUAACCAGAAAGAACAGGAAGCCUUUGAUGAGUUGACUACAAAGGAGACCUGGAUUGGACUUGAGCACAACAAAAACAACACACUAUGGGAAUGGUCAAACGGAGAACCAUUUCAGCAAAGGGAACUUACCUGGGGAGAUGGAAACUGUCAACAGCUGAACUCAGACAGAAAAUGGACUCCAAAAGAUUGCUCUAAUCAAAGUGCUUUCCCUUGCUAUGGAGAUGAACGUCCACUUAACACCACUGGGGAUUUGACCAUUCCUGUUACCCCUGAAACCACCAGCCCUUCUUCAACUGGACCUCCCUCUAUCAAGACGUCCACCACAACACCUACCACUUUACUACCUACUACUACUACUGAACAGUCCAUCACCUCACCACCUACCACUACUAAUGGACAGUCCACCACCUCACCAACUACCACUACUAAUGGACAGUCCAUCACCUCACCACCUACCACUAAUGUACAGUCCACCACCUCACCACCUACCACUACUAUUGGACAGUCCACCACCUCACCACCUACCACUAUGCAUGGACAAUCCACCACCUCACCUCCUACCACCACUAAUGGACAAUCCACCACCUCACCUCCUACCACCACUAAUGGACAGUCCACCACCUCAACAACAACCACUACUAUUGGACAGUCCAUCAGCUCAAGAACUACCACUACUAAUGGACAGUCCAUCACCUCACCAACUACCACUACUAAUGGACAGUCCAUCACCUCAACAACAACCACUACUAAUGUACAUUCCACCACAUCACCAACCUCAACUUCCAGUGGACAACUGACCUCAUUAGGUCCCACCUCCUCAGACAGGAAGUCCACAUCCUCCCCCAGUAGUACAACUUCUCCACUCCAUCCUGUUCACUGUUCAGAGGGAUUCGUGGUUGACAAAGCCUUUCCUUGGAACGACACUCUGAUGGUGUAUGAACGGGACCUCCAUCAUUGCCAGCUUGCCUGCACUCAGAACCCUGGGUGUUCCUACUUCAGCUACGUGGUUAAAGAAUUCCACUGCUAUCAAAAGUUUUCAGAUGGUCAACCAACAAUGACAAACUAUCCAGGAGUCAUAUCUGGUUACACUAGGAAGGGCUGCAGUAAAGGCCCACCAGUAGAGAUACCAGUGUUUACUUUGGUUAGUGAGGGGAGGAGCAUGGCUGAAGCCCAGAAGUUCUGCAGGGAGUACUACGAUGAACUGGCCACCAUCUUCAAUGCUGAGGACCAGACAGCAGCUCUGAGAGCAGUGUCAGCACAGAGCCUCACUGACGCCAUCUGGGUCCACUCCCAAUACCAUGCCUUUUGGCCACAACUGCCCUAUUGGAAUACGCCACAUGCAAAUUGUGUUGUUCAUGGACAUACAGAAAAAGUUUGGAUUUUGAGAAAUUGCACAAAUUCAUGUCACUUUGUGUGCCAGAAAAGCACACAAUCAAACAAUUCAUCAGAGCUUAAAUAUUACAUGGGUCAAGGGUCAUUGAUGUGGGAUGGGGCACAGACGGCUUGCCGAGCCAAUGGAGAUGACUUAGCGAGCAUCAUCACCCAAGAAGAUUACACAGCAUUCCAAAGCAUAACAGAGACACAGCAGUUUGAAAUGUGGAUUGGACUCUACUGGAAGACUUCUACCAGAAUGUGGCAGUGGUCCAAUGGGGACCCUUUUCCAUACUGUGUGUCUGAGCCUCAACUGGGUGCUAGUAACUGCUGCUCCCUGACCCAUAAGGGCCAUGGACGGACUGAAAACGUCACCUUGGAGAAGAUAGACUGCUCUCUGAAGAGACCGUUCCUUUGCACUGGAAAAAAGAGAAUGAAGCAGACCAUUGUAAGGAUGUCUCUGAAAUCUAACUCAGGAGCUGACCUCAAUGACCCAGUGGUAAAGGAACAGAUGUUGGAGCAGAUCAGAAAGGAGCUUGCUAAGGACGGGAACUUCAUCCUAGGCCUACGCUGGAGAGAACUGCCGAAUGGAGACGUUUUUCUCAAAACAGUUGAACAUGGAAGCUCUGAUGAAGGUCAGCGUGGGUCAGGAUGAAGAGGACCAGCCAUGAUGAUGCAGCAGGAGAGUCAUGGAGGUCCAAGGAAACCACAUUAUAUAUUAUAUACCUUAUAAUACGUAAUACAAUCUUAUUUUUGUUAAUGUUAUUCAAGUUAUGAUAGUUCAAUUUAUGAAGGUAAAAUAUGAAGUCAAUUUAUAUUAAGAUUGAUUUAGACUUUACAAUGUUUUACUAAUAUAACAUCAAAUUAUAAUCUAAGAUUUUUGUUGGUUUAUGAAUGUAAUGUAAUAAUGUUUGUUAGACAUCAGGGCAAUUUGAUUAGAGAAGAGAAGAGGAGUAAAAAGGACAUUUCAGUCAGGGACUUGCAUUGUAAUGAAAAAUAAUGUUACACACUCAAUUAUGGAUGUGACUGUUGACAUUCUUCAAUAAAAGAUGUUUGAAUAGUGA